ACAGAAAACAUGAUUCCUGUCAUCCUGUCUUCCAUCUUGUUUGAUAAGUUGGAGUUGAAAUGAUUGUAUCCGUUAGAUUGGAAAGCGAUCGUCUUUCGAUAAUUGAAAGUUAAUUUUUCUUUGUUUUAUACACUUGUGUAAUAAAGGUAGAAUUCCAUUAUGUUGAUAUAAUUAUAUUAGUUUAAUUGACGGCACGAGCUAGAGCUUUAAUCAGUAAUGAAUAUGGUGCAAUUAUAGUAUUACUGUUAAUUUCAAUCAUUCAACUGAUUGAAACUUGAAUUAAAAUAUGGAGUUUGCUCAACCAAAUUUAGCAAUGCCUCCGCCAAAUUUGAGUGGUCCUCCACCUAACAUAGUAAUACCCCCAAUUCAAGGUUAUGCAAACAGGCCCCAAUUCAAGCCCUUCAUGAAUUUUCAAAGGCCUCUACCUGGACCUCUUGGAAACAUGACUCUAGAAGAUUUCGAUGGAAAGCGAUUGAGAAAAUCUGUGAUGAGAAAAACUGUAGAUUAUAAUUCAGCCAUCAUUAAAGAGUUGGAGAAUAGGGUUUGGCAAAGAGAUCAUAGAGAUAGGAGAGCAUUACAACCUGAUGUAAUGUAUUAUCCAGAUAUGAUGCCACCUCCAAGUUAUCCGGAUAAUCCAAUUAAUUGUGUUACAACACGAUUUGUUAAAACAGCAACAAAUAAAAUGAGAUGUCCAAUAUUUUGUAUGGCCUGGACUCCUGAAGGUAGGAGGUUAGUUACAGGAGCAAGUUCUGGUGAAUUUACAUUGUGGAAUGGGCUCACUUUCAAUUUUGAGACUAUUUUACAGGCACAUGACAGUCCUGUGCGAACCAUGGUGUGGAGUCACAAUGAUAGCUGGAUGGUCACUGGGGAUCAUGCUGGAUAUGUCAAGUACUGGCAGUCAAAUAUGAAUAAUGUCAAGAUGUUUCAAGCCCAUAAAGAAGCACUUCGAGGCAUAAGCUUCAGCCCUUCGGAUACCAAGUUUGUUACAUGUUCAGAUGAUGGUACUUUGAGGAUUUGGGACUUUUUCCGUUAUCAAGAAGAGAAAAUUUUGAGGGGUCAUGGUGCUGAUGUGAAAUGUGUUCAUUGGCAUCCUCAAAAAAGUUUAAUUGUAUCAGGUAGCAAAGAUAACCAACAACCAAUUAAACUAUGGGACCCCAAGUCUGGACAAUCAUUGGCAACUUUACAUGCUCAUAAGUUAACAGUGAUGGAUCUUAAAUGGAACGACAAUGGAAACUGGCUUAUUACUGCUUCAAGAGAUCAUCUUUUAAAACUUUUUGAUUUGAGGAAUCUUGGUCAAGAAGUUCAAACCUUCAGGGGACACAAAAAAGAAGCAUCAAGUGUGGCUUGGCAUCCAGUUCACGAAGGUCUAUUUGCAAGUGGUGGCUCAGAUGGUUCCGUAAUGUUUUGGCAUGUUGGAGCUGACAAAGAGGUUGGUGCCAUUGAACAAGCACAUGAUAGCAUUGUAUGGACGUUAGCAUGGCAUCCUCUGGGACAUAUUUUAUGCUCUGGUUCUAACGAUCAUACCAGUAAGUUUUGGACAAGGAAUCGUCCUGGAGAUUUAAUGCGAGAUAAAUAUAACUUGAACACUCUUCCUGGUGGAAUAGCCGGUUUAGAAGAUUUGGACAUGGCAGCUGUUGAGGAACCAUCUUCUAUUAUACCUGGAAUGGGACCAGAAGACAAAGUGGAUAUAACCUCACUUAUCUCAGAUGCGAAUGAAACCAUUCCAGGCCUUGACUUAGAUAUGUUAGGAGGUGUAACAAAUGAAGACAAGGUGAAACCUAAAAAAGUGCCCUUCAGUAAACCUAUUCCUCGUAAUUUCCAAGCCCAAUGGAAUGAGACUGGAGCAGUAGAGGAUAAUCCAGGAUCUAUAACAGAAGUCCUCAAUCACCUAGUUGAAAAUGCCCCAGGAGUUGUGCCGCUAGAAAAAAUAAAUCCUAAUGCCAUCAUAGUAUAUGGAAAAUUAAUUCCUGUGGAACCUGGGUCAAAACUAGAGCAAGCUAUAGCAGAUGGGCCAGAAGCCUUACAGAAAUAUAUUGAUUCGGGUGAAAUUGAAGAACUUCAUGACGUUAUGCCAAUCAAAGAUGACAAUGAGGAAGACUACCUGAUAGAUCCAUCAGACAAAGAAACAGGUCAAAGUGGCAACACAGUAACUACUGGGGUUGUUCCUCAAAGCGGUUCAACUUCUUUCGCAAGUGAUAAUGAUUUCUGGAUGAAAAAUGCAAACAUUCGCAAUAAUGCAGAUGACAAUGAUAUGAGAAUGGAUGUAGACUUUAGGAACAAUCAUACAAAGGAUAUCGAUUUUAGAGCAAGAGAUUUCGACAUUCGAAACCAAGGUAACAUAUCAAUGCAAGAUGAAGAUUUUAGACAAUUCAAUAAUGAAUUUGUGGAGGAUGAGGAUUUGAGAGAACCAUACGAAGAGAAUAAGGAUUAUGAUGAUGACUAUUAUGAAGAGACAGGAAACUGGCAACGUAAUACUCAACCUAAUCAGUUCGGAGGUACCAGAAUCUUCAGGGAACGUCCUAUCAAUUCGAGGGGAGGUGGUAACUUCAAAAGAAGUGAGAGGAACUUCGGACAGACCGACGGACCUUGGAAUAAUUCUCCAAAUAAUUUCAGAGGUCAUAUAAGUGAAGGUUUCAGAGGGUUACCUCAAAAUGACAGGUUCAGAGGUGUUAUAAAUAAUGAUAAUAAUUAUAGAGCUUCUGGUAAUGAUAAUUUCCGUGGCGGCUCUUUGAAUAAUGAUGGUUUCAGAGGAGGACCACCUAAUGAAGAUAAAUUCAGAAAUGGUCCCCCUAAUAACGACUUCAGAGGUGGUCCUCCAAAUAAUGACAAUUUCAGAGUUGGCCCACCAACUAAUGAAAAUUUCAGAGGUCCUGCACCAAUGAAAGGUGACAGUUUUAGAGGAUGUACACCUAACAGUGAAAAUUUUAGAAAUGGUCCUCCAAGCACUGAUAAUUUCAGAAGCGGCCCUCCUCCAAACACAGAAAACUUCAGAAUUGGUCCACCUGAUGAUAAUUUCAGGGGUGGACUUUCUAACAACGAUAACUUUAGAGGUCAACGUGGAAGGAGAGGCGUGAUGCGGGGUCCAAGAGGUGGUAGAUCGAGAGGAAGAGGUGGACCAGAUAUCGGCAGAGGGCGAGGCAUCCAAAAAAGGGCUGGUCCUAAUAGAGGUGCUUUCUAGACUGAUAAUAUUUUUUAUAAAAACAAUUGGUUUGUAUUUAAUUGUAAAUUCAAUACAUUAUUCAUGAACUGUAAAUAUUUGUCACCAGUUUUCACGACUUUUAAUUGUACUUAUAUUUUAAUAUUGAAUAAUGUGAAUUAGAGAGAGAAAGAAAACAGUGUCUUAUAAUCAUGUUCACUGACCAGUUUGAGGUAUCCGUAUAUUUCAGCUAGAUUUAUAGAAUCAAGUAUCAAUAAAAUACGCCAAUUUUUAA